GAGACUCUGAACAGGUUGACAUGGCUCUGCUUCUGCGUAGCGUGACUGCGGUGGGCGCCAAGCGUGCCAUCACCUGUGCACUGGCCGAUGCGGCAGCUACUUCGUCGAGCGUCCGCGGAUUUGCGGCCAAAAAGGACAAGAAGAAAAAGAAGGACAAGAAGGGUGGCGAUGAUUCCAACUUCGAGCAAAUGCUGCGUGCCAUCAAGGGCCAGUACCCCGACGCGGAGGAGUGGACAGAGGAGGAGAAGCAGCGCCACCAGGAGAUUGGCCGCCUGUUUAACAGGAUGAGCACCAUCGAGCACAACCACCUCAUGCGCGACCUGCAGACCAAGAUUGACCUCAAGUGGGAGGCUAUCAACGCACUGCCCGCAGAGCUGCAGACUGAAGCACUGGAGAUCGAUGUAUCUCCGGCGCCGGAGGAGCGCGGAAUUGCCACCUGGACGCCGCCCAUCCCGGGCUUCCGACGAUACACAGACGAAGGAGCUGAGACUAUGGACUAAGAUUUUUAGCACGAGUUUCCAAUGGCAGGCUAAAGUCGUCGUUAUACCGAGAAAGCGACAAAAUAGAACAAGAUGGAGGUGUGCAGUUGUGUUGGACUAUGAUACUCUGCUGGGGUUA